AUGCAAAGCUGCACAUCCAGAAAUGGCGUGUGGAAAGUGACGACGCGCAAGCUUCCCAUCCUCAAAGCCGAGCCGAUUGAAGAGCUGGGCAAGGAAAUCGGGAUCCCGAUUCCAGAGAUGAUUUUCGGGGAUAAUUACAUCGCCAUCACGCAUAUUCCUACUGGAUGGACGCUGGACUUCAAUGCGCGCGAUGCGCUGGACCGCGUGGGAAAGACGGAGGAGGGGAUGUUGCAAGUUGCUGUUGCCGAGGAGUGGAAGCGGGAGCGGAGUCAUCAGGAGGAGGUCAAGCAGGUUGUGAAGCCGUUCGAUUGGAGCUACAGCACCGAUUAUGUGGGAACGACGACAAAAGGUGGUGCGGAAGGCGAGUGGGCGGAGACGGAUCAAGGGAAGAACCCGGUUCGGACGGAUUUGUUGAGCAGGCCGGAUCCCAUCCUCUUCUUCGAUAACGUCGACUUGUACGAAGACGAGAUGGCGGACAAUGGGAUUACUCUGUUCGCCAUCAAGAUCCGCGUCAUGCCGGAGCGGCUGCUUUUGCUGAGCCGAUUCUUCUUGCGACUCGACGGAGUCGUCAUCCGAAUCCGAGACACGCGAGUCUACAUCGAACAUGGGUCGAACAAGGUCAUCCGACAGUAUACGGCCAAGGAGGAGACGUAUGAUGCGGUGCGAGAGAAGCUGACGGGCAUGGGCGAGAACACAGUAGAGGAUCGGACGGAUAUGUUCGAGGUGCAUUGA